AUAUUUUAUUAAAUAAUGACUUACCCUGAUAGAAAUAGAACAAAGAAAUUAGAUUUUGUAGACACUCAAAAGCUUUCUUCUACGUUUGUUCUUUUAUGGUACAAGGAUUGUGAAAAAGAUGAGCGGCAUACCUCUCCCAUAUCACUUUCAAAUACACUUUUUAAGCAUUAUUCAUCCGUUGAAUGCCUUGAAUUUCAAGUGAAAAAUGUAGUGCAUGUUUCUAUUGCAAAUAUACAACACGCAGCUGUCAUCAUCUAUAAGGGGUCUAUUACCCAAUGCUGUAAAUUUGAAACAUUGCUAGAUAACUUCAUGGACGAUUUUGGUGAUGAAAAUCCUAGCACUGAUGAAGUAAGCAAGUUUGCCCUCAAUUAUAUUGAAGGCAAUACUGACGGAAAAAGAAAACAUUCUGAUGGAGACCAAUCCUCAGAUUCAGAGAAUAUUGCAUCGGUCUCAGAACAUACAGGCCUAAACGGACCUAAAUAUAAAUCGACUCCUAAAUCAAAGGUGCUGAAAAAAAAACAUGUAAAUGAAGUGUUGAAUGAAAAUUCAGAAUCAGAGUCCUUUGCAUCAAUUUAUAACAGUCAAAAAGGAUCUAAAAAAAGUGAAGCACAGAUUAUGGCUUUGGAAAAGCGGAAGCUUGACAUGCUACUUGACAAUGUUGAUGCUCCCAGAGCAUUGAUGCUUCCAAUAAUUAGUGAUGUUCCUAAAACAAAACACUGUGGUUCACCGAAGUUAAGCAAACUAUCUUGUUUAGAAGCAAUUUUGAUUGAACAAAAGAAACUUCUUUUUGAACAAAAGAAGACCAACAAACUGUUGUCUGAAAUUUUGCGCCCAAUAGAAAAAGAAUCUGUAAAUAAUGAUAAUGCCGUGUAUACUGGUUUUGAUGCCGAAUUUAAAUUGCACGACAUUCAAAAACGAGAACCAUGUAGCUUUGCAAGAAAAUUUAUUUUGUUGCGAUUCGGAAAGGAGUUUACUUGCACGCGUAUUUGUGAACCAAACGGACCAACUGCACGCAUUCAUAUGGAGAAUGAAGAAAUUCAGGAAGUUAAAGGUGCACUUGACAAAGUGUUUACGUCUUACAACUGGCGUGUUGUUCGGGCGAGUAUUAAUCAAUUUUUCCGAGACAAUAAAAGUAGUACAAAAGUUUGAAGACUAAACAAAUGAGUGACAUUUUUCUUGUGGUGUGGGGUUGUCAGCGUUUUUCGCUUAUCCCCCCCCCCCCCCAUUCUAUCUGUAAUGUGUUUUGUAUGUUUUGUGUGUUAAAUAAAUACACCAUCUUAUUUAUUCU